AUGGCAGUUCCAUUUUAUCUUCAAUAUUAUGUUGAAUUCGAUCGAAAUACAAAGUACCAAUGGAUAAAUUUCGGAUUGCAAAUAUCUAGUUUAAUACUACAUGGGAUAUUCUUUCAUUGGAUUCCUAAGUAUUUUAGAAAUAAAAGGACUAGGAAAGGUUUGAGGUUUGCUCCAUACUUUAAGUUUCUUAAAUAUUGGGAUACUUUCAAUAAAGUAUAUAGUAUAAGGAUUCCAUAUAUAACCAAGAUAUACUUCCAGCCCAGUCUUUUGAUAGUGUUGGGAGGAUUUGUAGCAAUAAAUGGAGUAUUCUCCUUUAUUGCAACCAGUGACUUGGAUUAUCAACCAAGAGAAUAUAUUAUCGCUAAGAGAUUAAGUAGAAUGGCUGUAUCUAACUUACCGUUACUUUACUUAUUGGUGAUAAAAAAUGAUUUACUUACAUCUAUAAGUGGAUUACAACAUGAUAGAUUAGUGUUGUUCCACAAAUGGAUAUCUAGAGUGAUGUUCGUCAUGGUGGUAGUUCAUAUUGGAUUAUCAAUGAAAUAUUGGUUAAAUCUUGGGUUUGAUGUUAUGUUGGUUAUCCCACCACAAAUCUUUGGUUACAUUGCCUUUGCAUCGUUCUUCUUCCUUAACUUUGGAUCCUUGAAAUUCAUCAGAAGAUGGGCUUAUGAUUUCUUUCUUAUUGAACAUAGGGUGUUCUCCUUUAUUAUGUUAUUACUUACAUUCUUCCAUAAUAUGAAAGGUACCAAAGGUGCUGUUAUCUUGGCUGUCCAUCAAUUAGUAUUGGAUAGAAUCUUAUCUCGAGUACUUUCCUUCAUUCAUGCUAGAACUUCACCUACAAGAGGUAAAUCAUCAUUUGAGAUUUUAGAUGAUGAAACUGUCUUGGUGACGGUUCCUAUAAAAGCCUAUGAGUUUCAUGAAAGAAAAUGGUAUAAUGUAUUCCUUCCUAAACUUAACACUUGGAAAGCUGGUCAACAUGUUUAUCUUACAGUAGGUAAAGUGAAGUUCUUUCAACAACAUCCUUUUACUAUUGCUAGUCUUAGUGAUACUAAGGAAAUGAAAUUUGUCAUCAGGGUUCAAAAAGGGUUCACCAAGUUAUUGAAGAAGAAGAUUUUGAAGUUGGAACAAGAAAGGGAUGAAAAGAAAGAAGUUGAAGAGUCAACUGCUUCACUUAGUGAUUCCAGCUCAGUUUCGAGUUCUUCAGUUCCAAGUUCAGUUCAAUCAUCAAAUACAUCUAAUUCCAUUGAUGUUGAUACUGAGUUGAUGCCAGGGUCCAAAACCCCUGAAAAGUAUUUCAACGAUGAUGAAAUUAUAAUGAAAGCUACUUUUGUUGGACCUGUAGGUGCACGUUAUCAACCUUUAAUCACAUUUGAUACUUCGGUGUUUUUCAGUACUGGAUCUGGUGCUUCUUUCACAUUUCCUGUUUGUCUUGAUGUAUUGAAAACCAUCACCAAGAGAAACCAAAUUGAUGAUUUCAUAGGUAGACCAAUGAAAUCAACUAUAAGAAUAGUAUGGGUUAUCAGACAAGUUGAAAAUGUUCAUUGGUAUGAUUUUAUUCUUGAUGAAUUGUUAGCUUAUUGUAAAUCUGGUGAUCUUCAAUUCGAUAUUUAUGUUACUCAAGAUGAAGAAGCUAAUGAAAGUAUCUUCAAGGAGAGAAUAUCAAUUUUGAACUCAUCUGGAUCUUCGAAUUAUAACAUUGAAAAAUCAGAAAGUGAAAAAGUUGAAACCAAUUCUAUAACGGAGAAAUCUACAUCAAUACUCGAUUGUGAAAAUGUCUACUUCCAUCGUGGUAGACCAAAUAUAGCUGAAAUAGUUAGUAGUGAAACUGACAAGUUGACUGGAAAUGAUCCAAAAUCUUUAGCAUUGGUGAGUUGUGGUACAGAAGCAUUCACUCAUGACAUCAAGACCAAUGCUGUGAAGUAUAAAUGGGUAACAGAAGCCCCCGAUAUAUAUUGUUACACCGAAUCGUUUGGUUAA